AUGUUUACUCGGUUUAUGGAGCUCCCUCCUGAAUUGAGACUUCUGAUCUGGGAGCUCGCCGUUCGUCCUCUUCUGCCGAGUAUUCACUACUUCAUGGUAGACAGAGAGGAGGACGACGACGGCGGGAAAUACUUUACCACGUUGCCCAUAGAUCGACACCCGGAUCGGUACCUGCUGGGCGGAAUGGAAAAAAUCUCCCUCAUAGGAGAUGAUUCUGGGUUAUGGACAGCUUGCAAGGAGUCGAGAUGCGUCGUGCAAAGAGCGUUCGAAAAUCGUUUCCCUCGGACCGAGGGACCUGCCCCAGUCAUAUUCGGUACACGUCGUUACAGAAGACUUGCAGACAGUUCCAAUGCGCGUUCGAGAGCCGAUGAAUAUGCGAGAACGUAUCUCAGUACAGACGCAUGGAUUGCGGAUGCCAGCUUCGGUGUGCUUCCGCAGAAAGACUUGACAGUCUUCCAAGCAGUACCCCGCAACACAUGGGACGUGAACAAGUUCAUCAGAGACCUAGGAUCUACGAAAUGGGGUCUGGGAGUUGCGUUUGACGAGCCGAUUGCGUUCGAAUAUUUUGCAUUCUGGUCCUUCAAUUACGACAUGUCGAUAGGUUUCAGCUCUGAGCGUCGGGCUUGGGAAUACACGUUUGCCAAGCUCGCUGAAAUGAUGCGAGCCCCAGGCCCCCGUGCUCUAUUUAUUCGCCUUUUGAUGGCAAGAUACGCUGGUCGGAUUAAAUCCAAAAUUUAUCUCAUUCAGUACGGCACAUCGCAGAAGCCGAAUUUCGACCAACGACGAGAAAACCGGGCCACUUUCUCCGGCUGCGGUUUUACUUUAACACAAGCCAGUUCAGGCGACAUUGCAAGCCUCAUAUACUCUCCAAUGGAAAUGGCAGGCGUUCACAGCGGGUGCAAACUCAUGACAGCGUGGGAAUUCGAAGAUACGAUCUGGUUCAUGUUCUUCCGACUUUUCGGUUUCCGGGAUUCAGGGAACCAUGUUCGGACUCCGCAUCAUGCAGAAGUACUGGUAUGCGAAAUGUCAAAACAUUGA